UCUAGCACUAAUAAGCCUUUAAAUAUGUAUCCAAAUUGGCUCGUUCUGCUCCACUUGCAGCUGGUGUGUUUGGUCGUUUGUUCGCAAAUGUUUGCACAGCCGCUGACAAAGAACCACAGCACCGGCAUUUUGAGCAUCAAUCGGGCGGAGGGACAGAAGAUUGAGGAAGCCGCCCUUCUGCAGCAUCUGCAACAAAUCACGGGAAGCGAAGCGUUGGCGCCAUUGUUGCACGAGUUACUGGGCCAAACUCUGCCAAAUUGGCAGCAGCAACAGCAGCAGAAGCAGCAGCAGCGACAGAAGCAAUCCCACCAGCACCACCGACCAAAACAACAGCAACAACAGGCCACAAAUCAACCGCAACGACAACAACGGGGCCAAGAGUUUUUUGUUUAUGAAAAUGCCGCGGGUCAACCACCUCAAAUAUUGGCCGGGUUCAAUGGCGUCAAUGUGCAACCUGAACAGCCAACAGCCCAACAACUGCACCUCCAGCCAAAGCCAAUUCAGACUGAACCCAAACAACAACAGCAACACCAACAACAAUAUCCCGUAGCUGGGCCAAAAAUCGUUAAGGCGCCGCCAGCCGCAGCCGUUUGGGCGCCAGAACUCAAGAGCCACCCGCCCCCAUACCCGGCAACUGCAGCGCCAGCAAGUUGCCAACUCAGCUGCAAUCCAUCGGAAGUUGCCGCUGUUGCUCCCAGGCCAACAGCCACUCUUACUCCGCCCACUUUUGGUGGCCACGAGACGAUCCCGUUGCUCAGUGCCACGGUGCUCAAGGCGACAGCUGGUUAAGUUUUUAAUUAAAUCGCUGGCAUAAUUAAUAAAGAUGCGCAUAGA